GUUAGUGUGUACGCAUGCAUAGCUCGCCGGAGAGCGAUUAUCCGCACAUAGGACUUCGGAGCCGAGCGGUGCGCACGCGGCGCUCCGAUUUUAUUGCACGCGCCAGCGAGCAAAAGUCGCGCGAAAACAUACACUCGGCUCGCAGCGGCCCGAUGCGCGAGUAUAUAACAUACGAGAGAAAGAGAGAGAUGAUGAUGAUCGAGGGAAGCAGCGGCGGCAGGAAAUCACUUUCGUUGGAAUUCCGAGAAGCGAGCUUCGUUAGGUGCCGGAUAGGCUGGCCCGAGCGGUGCUUGCUUAGCUCUCUUUCGCUACGCUUCUUCUUCUCUCUCUCUCUCUCUCUCUCUCUCUCUCUCUCUCUCUCUCUCUCUCUCUUUCUCUGUCCGCCGCCGCCGAGUCUACCGAACUCACACGGAUUUUACGGACGGGAAUUUCUAGAGUGAGAGGAGAGUCAUUUUUUACGGAGCGGCCGAGUGGUUUAUGAAGAAUGCCGCGCGCGCUCGCGCUCUCGACCUCUUCUUCUUCCUCUUCUUUUUAUUUCUCUCCCGCGCGAGGGGCGACUCUUUUGGCAGUAUAGAUCUCCGCGCGCCGCCGGAGAGCGGGAGAGGAGAAAUUUUGCGGACUGUUAACAUUCUUGAGGCAUUCGACAGCGAGAAUCGCAGCCGCCGAUCGAUGUGCCGGCUUUGCAUAUAAGCCAGAUAUUCGGGAUUAGGAGAUAUAUUUAGAAGCUCUACGGCUGGACGAAAGGAUUCCUCCUUCUCUCACACUCUAUCCUCGUACCCUCUUGCCAAGACGCGUUUCUCGGCCGUCCAGAAUGUUCUAAACAAAAUCGGCCGCCGUCGCAGAGCUGCGCGAGCCCGUGCCGUUAUAAUAUGCCAGCCAGCUCCGUACGGAAUUAUUGUGCGAAAAAGGGGGAGGGGAAGGUGUCACUCGGCAGAACCUUUUAUGACACUUUACGACGGUAACCCGACAUUUGACGCAGGUCGAAAUCAUAACGAUCUCCUAUCCCAGAGACGAACGAACCUACCAGUGCUCGGAGAAACGCACCGCCGCGCUGCUGCGAGAGAUGUGGGCCCUUGAAAUGCAAGCAUAUGCUCUCUCGAGAGUGUGAAAUUCCUUGAAGAAAACCUUCAACGCCAGCGAGCAAACACCCGACGCAAUCUGUCGCGCGCAUGCAGCCACCCCAUUAACUAAUGGCGUCAGCCGUCGUGUUUUCGAUGAUUUCAGAAUUUCUCAAACACUGCGCGCAUUUAAAUGCCAACUUUUGAAUCGCGCGCCAGCGCUCGCGGCGUGUGCGGUUACGUUUCAAAACGUGUGACUCUCGCGAGUAACACGAUACGCUGGCGCUCAAUGAAAAUCUGGUUUUCACCGAGACCUUGAAAAAUCUCUCGCGCGCACACGGCAGCGGAUUUUCAGGUGGCUUCUUCGCUUUUUUUGUUGUCCCGCAGUCGUGACAUAUUAUGUAAACACUCGUCGAGCUAUCUCUCCGGCAAUUUUGAUAAGUGGCUAUUAUAUUUUCGAUGAUUCGCUUCUUUUUUCUCUUUCUCGCCCCCCCCCCCUCUCUCUCACGCGCUAAGAGAGCGAUACGAUAAACGUGAUUUUUUAGUAGGCAGCGUAUUAUGUAAACAUCGUAAAUCAGCGGCGAAUUUCCACAGAUAUGUGUUCUCUCUGCUAGUUGGACGGAUUUCUCUCUCUCUCUCUCUCUCUCUCUCUCUCUCUCUCUCUCUCUCUCUCCGCGUUCGAUCGAGAGGCGUCACGUAGCUCGAGGUGAGAGAAUACUCGCGUUACGUCAAUGAACGGCUCUCGGAUUAAUUUUAUUUUCCGCUGUCUUCACCAAAACACCGGCGCGUCUGUUUGCUUUGCUACACAAUACACAAUCGACGACAACAACAACAACAAGACGGCGAGGGGGAUUAGUUUCCGACCGAAGAUCAUUUCGGAAAACUAAUCUAAUACCGAUCUUUUCGAGUGCGCCGAUAGCGCAGCGCAUUAUCACCAGCAGCGUCAGCCCCCGAUUUCGCAAGAGCGAAUCUCCGCCAUCUAUAAUUAGCGGCAUUACCCACGUAAACGCAACGGCUUUUAUUAUUCGGCGUAAUUAUAGCCCCGCUUUGCUAAACGCGGAGGAGCGGAGAGCUUUACUGCCGUCUCCGCACAUCCACUCACGCGCGUGCACAACACAUCCGCGAAUAAAUCACGAGAGCCAACGGUCCGCGAGCAAUAAAAUCCCAAUAAUCCGUCAAAUCACUCGCCAACACACCCAUCGGGAGAGUGAGAGACAGAGAGAGAAAAAUCCAACCACACACAUUUCCCCAGCACGCAUACCGAUGUGUGUAUAGGAGGAAAAGCCAAGUAUCGCGACAUAAAGCAGUCGUUUUAAUUGAUACACUCCCGCCUGUAUCGUGUGCGUAUGUGUAUGUACGUACGUACACGAACGCGCAUACUCAUUCCCCGCGCGAGCAUGUGUGCGCGACGGCAUCAGUCAGCGCCUGCCGUAAUAAUCUCGCGCGCGCAUGUUUUGACUAAAUUGAUAGAUAACAGCUGACCUCUUUAUGGGACUAGGCACGAAUCGCCGCGGCGACUCUAUGUAUGUGUUCGCUGGCAUACCAGCAACGCGCGCGCGCGUGAUAUACCUACACACUUGUUUACCGACUUUUCAGAGAGGAGCAUCGGCAAUCUUCGUAUACGCUUUCAGAGAGAAAAAUCGUCGCCGUGGUCGUCAUUAUCAUCGCGAGAGGGGGGGGAGGUGGACGACACGGUAAAGUGGUAGUGAGAAAGAGCUUACACGUACAGGCGCAUGAGCGAGCGCAACUCGGUAUAUGCGCCGCAGGAACGCGGAGGGAGAGGCAGGCGCGUAAAAAUCCGCUUGGCUCCGAGCUGGCUGGCUUGGUCGACUGCGGUGCGGCGGCGGCAACCGAUCGAGCAGACAACAUGGCGCCGGGACUGACUCGCAGCUCUCCGCAGCACUCUCUCUCCCACUCCUCUCUCUCUCUCUCUCUCGCUCUCUUCGGCUCGGGCGCGCGAUCGCGGAGGCGCGUCGGGGUCCGCCGUCCUCUGCGCGUGUGUGUGUGCUUGUUGCACAUGCAUCGCCGACGAAGGCUGCGCAUUUGUGUAUGCGUGUGCGCAACGUAUGCAUCGUCAUUAACGGAAGUGAGGCCACAAAAUGGCGUCCUUUUAGCGUCGACGUCGAGGACGAUCGACGGACUCGGUUCGAGGUGUGAAAGGCGGAGAAGGAGGGCGCCUACGCCCGGCUCUGUGUGCAUGUAUUCCGUGUACGUAUAUCUGAGAGCGAGCGAGACGGAAAAGUACCUAUGGAGGCCGAAAGCCAGCAGAAGGCAGUGGCGCAAAGAAAGAAGAACGACUGGUGGCAGUGGCACGCCGCUCUUUCUCUCUCUCUCUCUCUCUCUCUCUCUCUCUCUCUCUCUCUCUCUCUCUCUCUCGCUCGCUCGCACACGCGAGAGAGAACUCGGCUCGCGGCGCAGUGGUGUACGUGCGUGCGCUAGCGCCUCGUCAGUCCGUCUCUCUCGGCCGUUCCUGGAAGGGUAAACGGUCCGAGGGGCGCGCAGAGAGCGGUGCGGCGAGGAGAGCGGCGGGAGAGGGGGGUGGAGCGGUGCCCGGCUGCUCGUCAGAAAAGGAGAGAGAGAGAGAGAGAGAGAGCGCGAGCGCGCGUGGUGGGGGCAGCCCGGCGCGCAGAGCGACGGAGACGGAGCGAGCGCCUCCGCCUGUGAGUCUAGCGAGGCAGGCAGCGCAGGCAUUGCCAGAGCCAGUCAGUCGAGACUGCUGUGUGCGUCCGGUGUGUGCGCUACGUGAGAGAGUGCUGCAGCAGUGCAGCCGCUCACCCAGCCAGUCAGAGAACCAACAGCAGCAGCUCGUAUUUUCGUGUGCCUGUCCGAUACCCCAGCGAUGUUACGUCGUCGUCGUCGACUAGCCUCCUCUCAUCAUCGCCAGUGCCUUGUUCAUCUUCGUCUUGUUGCGUGAGAGCAGAUAGAGGCGCCACUCCGAAGCAGAGAGACGGACGAAUCACGGACACAUUGCGCGCGUGUAUAUCCGAUCGUCGCCGACAGUGUGAGUGCUCCCGUAUACGUAUUCAGCAUUGUGCAACUACACUCGGAACAGCGGCGCGGCUCUUCUCCUCCGAGAAAGAGAGCAGCGAGAGUGCCACCAGUGCGGACGUUGUUUUAUUGCAUUGCACGCACGCUAGCGCCGAGAGGGGCAAGCGCGCGUAUAUUUCCAUUGAACGUAUAUCUGUGAACGAACGAAGCGGCAGCAGCAGCGGCAGCAGCAGCGGCAGCAGCAGCGGCAGCGCGAAACAGAGACAGAGAGAAAGCGCGCGCCCGCGUGCCGCCACCAGUGCCGCGCCACACAUACUCACGUCUCACGCGCCCGCACGCACCGCUAUGGCCCAUGGCGUGAGCGAAGUGCUCGGCGAGGGGAGCACCGUCGUGAAAAUGCUCGCCGCCAGCAAGCAGCAACAGCAACAGCAGCCACCGACGAGCAUGCAGCAGUCGGGCGGCAAUCUGAGGAAGAGCGUGGGUGUGAUGGGCAGCCGGCGGAUCUUCGCGCCGGCGUUCAAGCUCAAAGUGCUCGACUCGUACCGCAAAGACAUCGACUGCCGGGGCAACCAGCGAGCCACCGCACGUAAGUACGGCAUCCACCGGCGACAGAUCCAAAAGUGGCUCCAGUGCGAGGAGAACCUGCGCAGCUGCUGCAGCGCCGACGGCAGCAGCAGCAGCAGCAGCAGCAGCAGCAGCAGCGGCUCGUCCUCGAACGUCGCCACUCCCGCGAGCUCGCCCCAGAAGGAGCUGCUCCUCGACUCGUGCGUGGCCGUGCCACCAGCAGCAGCAACAGUACCGCAGCAGCAUCAUCAUAAUGGCGCUCCAGCAUCGCCGGCCUUGAACCUCAGUCUCGCCAGACUGCACGGCGACGAGCUCGCCGCCGCGGCCGCAGCGCAGCAGCACCAGCCUCCCCCUCCACCGCCGCCUCCUUCCUCGAGCGCGCAAGCGCUCGCUGCGCAGCACCAACCCACAGCCUCGGCGGCGGCAGCGAAUUACCGAUUUCACGGCGCUGCAGCUACUGCAGCCGCCGCGCGGCCGACCGGAUAUCCGGACUUGAAAGACAAAGUCCUCCCGAUCCAGCAGCACUACCAGCCGCCGGCCGAUUACUCCGUGCUCGAACUCUAUCCGCCGAGCCUCUACCAGCAGCAGCAGCAGCAGCACCACCACCACCACCACCGCUACUUCCAGCCCCCGACGAUCAGCUACCCCGUCGAGUCUCCCAAGCUCGAGGAGGAGAGCUACCCGCGCAGCUCGCUGCUCGCGCCGGCGGACAUCAAGACCGAGCGCGCGAGCCCCGACUCUCAGCGCGAGUCCCUCACACCCGCCGUCGAACCCGAGAAGCAGCAGCUCAAGAGGGAGCGACUGGACGACGAGGAGCACGACUUUCAGCGCAGCGCCAGCAGCAGCGUCAGCCCGCCCCUGCCUAGUCACCACCAGCACCUGGACUACCAGCAGCAGCAGCACCACCUGGAGGCCCUGCCGCCCAGCCCCCAGCACAGCGACAGGUCCACCGGCUGCUCCUCGUCCGACAGCGAGAUGGACCAGCAGUCCGGAGGCCCCAACGCCGCCGACCUCGCUCGCCGACGGUCCUUCAGUCUGCGCUUCAAGCUCGACGUACUCGACGCCUUCCACCGGGACGCGGGCGUCGCCGGCAACCAGCGCGCCACCGCCCGCAAGUUCGGCAUCAACCGGCGCCAGGUGCAGAAAUGGCUCGGCCAGGAGAGCGAGCUCCGCGGCGUCAUCGAGCUCUGCGGCAGCAACAACCGCCAGCGGCUGGGACCGCUCCAGGAGACCCCCCAGACGCCCUACGGCCCGGAGUCACCGGUUGACCUCAGGACCAGCGAGCUCGGCCAGGUCUCGCCACACCAGUACCAGGAGUACGCCGUCGACUCAUCGCUGACGCCGCCCUACAGCGCCCCGGGCUGCUCGCUCUCCUGCUGCCAGGAGCCCACCCCCGUCGGACAGACCUACUACUGCUACUCGCCUGAGAGCACGCCGCCGGCGCUCAAGCGGUCGCCAUGCACCGAGGCCUGCUGCUAUCCCGCGCCCAAGAGGCUCUGCACCGAGGAGAAGCAGCAGCCCAAGGAAGAAGAACAGCCCAUCCAGGAGACGCCGCUCUGUCUGGUAAAGCCGAAGAGGCCCGCCGACGAGCCGGUGUCCAGCACCGUGUCCACGCUCCCUGCACCAGCGGCGCAGACCAGCAAGAAGAACGCCAUCCUGUUCAAACCGUACCUGGACAACCCCGUGAGCAAGCCCAGCGCAGAGGAAACCUCGGCCGCCGCCACCAACAAUAACAACAACAACAGCCAGGAAGCGACCAACUUCAACGAGAGGCCCACGGCGCAAGCAGACCUGGCGCUCGAGCUUAGCUUCAAGCCGCCGGUAAGUUUCCGACCACCAGCACCGCAGCAGCAGCAGCAGGUUCAGUACCCGGAGUACCCGCAACGAAGUGCCUUCUUCAGGUAUCCGACCAUCGGCGUUCACUACUCGUAGUAGUCGGAUGUAUACAGCUUCUAACUACUUGCCUUGUUGUGUAUAAUAGAUCGUAUAUUGGCGGACUUGCGGAUUUUAUCUCUUGUUUGUAUAGGCCCCGCGCGCGCAGACGGGGGGAGAAUAACACGGGGAGAGAAAGAGAGAUCUUAUCUCGGAGGGACGCACCAAGAAACAGAGCCGGACAAAUGGGAUCUAGUCGGUAUUAUUGAGGAAUAUCUCUUCUGACCCUCUCCGCGGCUGUUUUCACUCUGGGGAUCAUCCUCCUCCGAUGAUCUGCAUCUAUUACGGCUGUUUGCGUUUGAAACGAAUAUGCUCUCGAAUUAUCAUCGUUGAUUGAAUCGCAAUCAACGCUGGAUCGGUUAAUCGAAUUAUACACUCGCGGGCGGGGUCAGAAGACAUGCGUACACAAGUAGCGGAGAUUGACAGGGCGAUCGACUAGUCGUGAGCGUACGUUAUUAUAAAUAUACUCUUUUCGAAUAAUAAUGAUAAUCGGGCCGCUGGAAAAGUCGAGAAUUCGGCGGCGGCGGCGACACGAGGUCGCGCGAAGGUCGCGUCGUCCUGUGCAGCGCGCGUACGCCGACGACGAUAAUUACGCGUUUAUUACGCGAGAUCCGCUGGGGGAGGGCCGCCGUACAGACAAAUAGGAGCGGCGGCGACGGCCAAUCGACGCGACACGCACACACUCAACACGUGUAUAUAUCGGAGCGUGGGUGCUUGUCCGUCGCUGCGAGAGGUGUUUCGCUUCCAUUGACGAGCGGAUCGACGGUAUAUUCUUCUCUCUUCUUCUAUACUAUCGUUAUCAUUUUCUUUUCUCUUUUGCAUAAUUCGUUUGUAAUUUGUACAUAUGUAAAUAGAGUUCUCGACCGCUUAGCAGCAAAGAUAUUUUUGUACCUCAUCGAUCGGUUGGAGAAUCGCGCGGAUAAGACGCUCAAAACGAUGUGCUUUUUCAAAAGACAGAAGAAACACUUGCGACGAUGAUUCCAAACUAGAUCGAUACGUUAUAUUGUAUACGAGUCCUCGUGUGCCUUUUCUUCCGACGGAAGAGCGCGUCAGCGUAUCGGUGCUUUAUUGAGAGACGCGAGUGUGCAGAUAAUAUAGAUGUAUAUUACGCGCGCAGGAGAUCUCGAUCGAUCAUUUAUCGAAAAACAAUUAAGAGUCGUGUGAUGACGAUGUGUAACUCAUGUGCCUUAUAAUAACGCGUCCGAGCGUGCGAUUUGUGAGAGAAGCGAUUUUUCUCGUUCUGAACAGUAUUUUCACGGGCUGCGCGUCGAGACUCGUUCGCGAAUUUCUCAGCAUAAUAACGAUCCGCAAGUAUUUUCGAGAGUAAAUUAUAUAUUUUUUAACGAUGGAUUCGCGAACGACGCGUCUCGACUCGAAGCCCCGGUAUUCUUUUCGUCUAAAAAGUGUUUGUAAGAGACAUUUCCAAAAAAGAUAAAGAAGAAAAAAAACAAUCGAAGCAGUAAAUCUACGACUAAACGACUUUCGUGAUUCUCGAAAAACAGAUGCAACAAUAAUUAUAUGAAUAUUAGGGUCGUGUGCCUUAGCCUGCCCGCGUGGCCUUCUCGCCGGGUCCAGGCCGUAAUGUGUACAAUAAAAAGUAAAUUCAAAAACUUUGAAAGCUAAUAAUAGUAAUACAGCAACGUCGUCUCUACGACGUGAACUAAGUGCAUAAGUUUAAUAGUCGUAAGCCAUAAUGAAAUGACAUAAUGCCAUAAUGUUUUACAUAAUUAUCGCAUAGAGAUAUAUUAUAUUAUUAUAAUUAUUAUAUUAUACAUUAUAGUUAAAGGAUUUAAAAAAAAAACGAAGCAUAAGCAUCGCCGAACGACUGAGGGUAUGUAGGAGCGCAGGCGAUCAGUUAUAUAUUUUGCAGCAUCGUUGCCCACAAGAGUCUAUAACUGUAUAAUGUCGCGUGUAUGCGUGUAUCAAUCGACGACUGCGAGUUUGUUUAAGAGAGAAAGAGAGCGACACCAUAAUCACACACAGACAAAAACAGAAGCAAGGAAAAGAGUAUGCGAGACGGGACACCUGCGGUGGCUCGGCGUGAAAAACCGGCCGACCAACGCCCCUUUCCGUGCAAUCAUUCAUACACACAUUAUAUUACAUAUAGUAUAUAUUUUACGCAUCAGCCUUUGCGAGUUAAGCAGAUCGUUUUUUCGGGUGUCUUGCGAAUCACAAAACAAUCGGUGUAUACGAAUCGAAGAAAAAGUUGUUAUUAUAUUUAUAAGCGAGCGUCGAGCGCCUGUGAAAAAAGCCACAACGUACUAUUUGUAUUCGGGAAAGAUACGAUAUUUUUAUUACAAAACACAAAACGCGCGAGCUUUUGCUCGGGUACGAGACACAGAGGAAUCACAAUCGUGCCUUACGACAACAAUAUAAUAUGAUAUACAUAAUGUCUUUGCUGUUGAAUAUUUCGGAAGGAUCCUCCGAUUAAACUAAAAAUGUGAUAAAACGAAAUUUGUUUCUAAAAAAAUUUGUAUAAUUCGACCACGAGUCUUCGUCGUGCCUGACAAAAAAUGUAAGAGUAUAUAUUAUAUAUUUAUAUUUAAUUAGCGCAUAUUAUUAUAUUAUGUAUACGCAUACACGAAAUUUUCGCAACAAAAUUUUCUUGUUACGAUAUGCGUCGAGAACAUAUCGAACAUUGUGAUUAUAUAGAUCGACGAAAAAAGCGAUUCAAGAGAAAAAGAGACAAGUGAAAGUGGCUGAGAACGUGUGCGUUGGCGUGAGAAUGGUCAAACGUUAAAAAGUGCAAAAAGAUUUUUUUAGUUUAUAUACGUAUAGAUACGUCUCUAUCGACUGUGUAAAGGGGGGAAGAGAAAAACGGCGUUGUAUACAUCGGUUCAGAAAAAAGACGUCCUUUUUUCUACGCUCGAGAAACGAAACUAUAUUGUAUUGAUAAUUAUUGUAUUUGUAUAUGUAUAUAAAUUUCAAUCAUGCGCGCGUACAUGCAGAAAUAUGUGCGAAAGAAUAGAAACUUAUAUUGAAUUUGAAAGAAAUAUAAGAGAUUAUUUUAAAACAAAACAAAA